CGCGGCCGGCCAUUCCACGUUUUCCAAAGAGUGCGGGGCUCGAACCCUCUGUCCGCCGAGGUUGGGGAAGCUGGGGGUGAGCCGGAGAGCGGUAUUAAAUCCAUUAUAACUCGGGAUGAAAAGAGGAAAGUGGCCGGCAGCGGCGGCGACUCCGGCAGACGACCGAAGGGUCAUGGGCUAGCGAGUGGUUAGUGGUGAGUCAGUCAGGUGUAGCUAUCAUCUAGUGCCGGGUGUCUGACCCUGCCUCAUCAUGCUCGUAGGAUAUAGAUCUCGCUCAAAGGUGUAUGCUGGAAUAAUUGCAGCACUCUUGAACAUCCUUUGCAAUUCACUUGCUGAAGAAAAAGUACCAAAUGAACUCGAAAAAUUGACAGAGCAACCGAAUGUUACCAAAACUUUAGACCAGAUUCCUCAAUAUCACUUCCGGUACUACGUGCAGGACGCGAAUUCGGGUGAUUACAAGACGCAGGAGGAGAGACGCGAUGGGGAGCGUGUGCAGGGCUCUUACUCCGUAGCAGAGCCUAACGGAGAUCUUCGGGUGGUGACCUACACGGCAGACAUCAAGAGUGGUUUCAGAGCCGACGUCAAGUUCCAUCCAGGCGCCUCGCCGAUGGCCAACUCCCAUCGACAGACCAAGUCUAACCGGACCGCACACCCUCCUUACCCGCACCGAAACGCCAUGCGAAGCAACUUCACUCCGUCCAAACCGCGCCACGUCCCCACGGCUUCGACCACGCUCCGUUACCAAUCCGUCGGUGACAGUGGGCUCAAGACCCUUGGGCUUCACGAUCUACGGAAGUUAGAGAACAAGCCGCUGGCUAAAGAGCUCGUCGAGAAAGACUCCGUUGUCGUGGAGAUGCACCUCAACGAUGGCACUACCUCUGGGCCGAGUGUCCAAAAACCUGACGAGAAAAAGACCGAUACCGCGACGCCUCAGUCUGACAGUCCGAAACAGCUAUCAACGACAUCUCCAUCCGUGAAGGAGAGCUCGAAACUCGAAAAAUCAUCACCGACGCCAUCCGUAGUAGUAACUUCAAAACCUGAAAAAGCGUCACCAUUAUCACCCGUCGAAGAACCCUCGAAAUUAGAGGAAGCACCACCGAAGCGGUUCACGACCGAAGCAACGCAGACGGUGAAACUACCUGCGGCGGCAUCUACCGCUGAAACUUCGAAACCCGAGUCCAUUAAAAAGGCAAUCAAAGACAAAGUCAGGGUGGAGGUGGAACAAAUCAUUACAUCAACGCUUCACCAACCGAUUUCGGUGAGGGAGGAGAUCCAAAGAGAGGCUGCGUUGGCGGACAAAGAUCUCCGCGGAAUCCAUCGCCCCGUGGAGAGCGAAGCCCGAAGUGCAAGUGCCAAUGACAAAGAGGAACUACACAUUUCAGUGCAUGAGAGCGUUCGUCCAGACGAUCCCCAGAGCCGUGCACAGAAGAAGUAUUCAACAAUCCCACGCCCUCUCCGCUUAGUCGAACAGGUUCCAGCCGGCAACUACCAACUGCAGUCCCUCGCUGAGCCCACACCCAGCUCCAUCGAUAACGGCAACAGUUAUAACAACUACGACCAGCCCGGGUUCGGGAGCAACUACUACUACGACCCCACUCUGGCGGCGGCUGUGAGCAACUACUACCCAGGGUCGGGUGUGACGCAUCUCAGUGGCAACUCCCUCAAACCGUCGUACGAUGAGAACCCGUAUAUUGGCUACGAGUGGGUUAAGAUGCUCCCGCGAAUGGUCAACACUAACGGCGAAAGUUACAUCGUCAUGGAUCCAGACUAUAAGACUUUCUUCGGCUACCCUCGACCCACGACACUCUUCCACCAACUUACGAAGAACAAAUUCGCGCCCCACGUCAAGCCGCAGGACAACAAAUACGAGCUGAACAAGCCGCAAGAGCCGCCAGCGACGUCACCAGUCAAGGAACCUAUCAUGAAGGCCGUCACCGCGGAGAACUCGCCCAAACAUGACCAGCAGGUGCCGCAGUACUUCCGCAAAGCCCCAGAGAAGGCGGACUCCGGUAAUCUGACACAAAAAAGCCAAGAGGUGCAGGCCAGCCAGCAGAAUCUGACGCAGAAAUAUCUGGAAUCGCUGCAAGCGGCGCCUCAACCGUAUCCGAUGGUGCCGGCUGCGGCGCCCAGCAGCGCGGUGGUCAAGCUGCCAGUCAUCCAGCCGGCCACUAUCAACCCCAUCCCAGCGUAUGCGUGGUCAGCCGGCCCUGUUGCCAUCAAUCCGGCCAUAGCUUUCAUCUUACUCCCUCUCCAGACAGCACAGGAUCCGCCAAUAGCGCCAAUAGUUGUCAACUGAUCACUAAGACUGUCGAGUUUGAGAUAGAGCAUGAGAAAAGCCAUGAGUUUCGAGGCAUUAAGCAUUAAUAUCCAGCCCAUAGCGCCAUACUUAUUCAUUUAAUCACUCUCUUCCACUGAAUCCAAUUAAGAUCUCCUUUUUGGCGUUUAUUUUCUGACUUAAAAGGUGGUACAAUGAAACAAAAUAUCAGAGAGAGUUUUGAAUCUGCAUAUAUUGACGCUCUUAGAACGGGUCGCAUGGAUCUAUAGCGACAGGCAGUUUUCUGAAUAUUGUUAUACAGCCUCAGGUUGAAUAUUUUACUAAAAAUCAUAUCUUAACUUCUUGUCAAUGCUCAAGUGAGCACAAGAAUAUGACCAAAACUGCCUUCCGUGAAAGCAUUUUUGAUUUUGCAACUUAAGUUCCUAAGGUAUGCAUGAUGACUUUUAUUUUUCACCGGAACUUGAUCAGUAAUUCUUAGCAAAUACCUCUGUCGUCCGUCAGGCUUAAGGGUAAGGUUGAACCUUUAAGCUGGUCAAAUGUAGAAGCUUUGGUAUUAAAUUUCAAAAAUUAUAUUAAUCCCAAGACUAGGUCUCAUGACUGAUAUGAUCAACUUACAAGACUGACUUUUUUGUGUUUAUGAUAAGUUUGAUUUUAGUAUAAGUAAAAAAAAAAAAAUUAUAGUACGUCCUGGAAAAACCUUCAAAGAGGGUAAGUGCCAUGUUGCUGAUAUUUUUAAGUGUCAAUAAAUUGAGCAAUUUAUUAGUUA